CGAUGUUGCUCCGUAAAAAGCUUUAAACAGUCGCAAACUAUCACCAUCAUGAGCUCUCGACGCAGCCGUAGUCCCCCGCAGUCGUUAGCCGACGCGUGUGAGAACUCACCACUGCUACCUCCAGGCAGCAUCUCGCUCAAUUACAACUCUGACUCGGCGGUGUACGAUCGCAAGGACGAGGAGAACGGUAACUCACGCCGCUACUUUGGGGCGGACGACGACGGUACGAGCAGCAGUAGCAGCAACAGCGACGAGCACGAGGACUUCAGCGACCUAGACCACCAGUUUUCACCCACCAGCUAUCGACAGCAGUCGUCGGACGCCUUCCGACAGAUUCCGCGGGCCAAUUGGCAUGGACUUGGCACGCGCAGCAGGUUCAAACGUGGAGCUCCAAAGCCGUUGCCCGCCCCCGGGACGGUGAGCCACACGACGCGACGCUCAAGGAUGAGAACUAUCAAGAAACAGCUGAGAGAGCCGCCAAGCGCUCCCAAGCUCCGCGUGUCCGCUUACUGCACAUGCGAUCAACUGCAGUUGUUCAAGCUGCUCAAGUGGCUCGAGCGAGUCGAAACGGGUCAAUUACCCGGAGGAGAGCUGCAUCCCGACGGGUGGAGACACAAAAUGUACAUGGGUGCGAUACACUCCAGUUGUGCGCCGGCCCCGAAUCAUGAGUUAGUAGAUAGAAGCUGGAUACUGUGGCAAAAUGAGGCUCUGACGUUGUUUGAGUGUAGGGAGGGAGCGCGGGUGCCGUAUCAGCAGAAGGACGCCUUCUACUUCGCAACGGGGUGUGCGGUCUUCUGGGGACUGACAAGAGCUGAAGAACAAGCGCAUCUGGUGGCGUUAGGAGCAUUCUCGGUGGGUCCGGUCAAGCAGGUGGAGGUCGAAGACAUGGACUACACUUACGGGGAUGCAAGUCUCAUCUGCAACGACGCUAUUACACUCAGCAGUAACCGCGCGUCCGAGAAGUUGGCGGUCUCCUUCGCCAUGGCGCAGUCCUCCAAGCUGGACGUCUUCGAGGAGCGCGUGGAGGAAACUAUCCGUGAGACGAAGCAUGUGCCGCAGAAUCUGGCAGCCACAGGUUCGAUUCAGUAUUCGCAGAGUGACAUCUCAAAGCUUAUCGGUCGGUUAUUUAUCGAGCGGAGUGAUGUGAACUUGAACUCGGAUAUGCUGGAUGAACCAGAUUUCUUCUGGGAAGAUGAUGAGUACGAGCCGCUGUACAAGAAGGUGAUGAAAUACCUGAGCGUGGACAACCGAGUCCAGAUCCUCAACACUCGUCUGGACAUUCUUCGCGAACUGUGCGUGCUGAUCGUUUGCCGUUAAUUUGGAUUGUAUCUGAUCUAUUUUGUACUCUCAAAUUGAUGCAGGCUGGAUGUAUUAAGCCAGCAACUCGCGCACCAGCACGACACAAAGCUGGAGAUGAUUGUGAUCUGGCUCAUCGUCGCUGAGGUGGCCGUGCAAGUUGUGUGGAAUAUCCUCAUUAAGGACAUCCUCGGCUUCUUUCCGCAUUCGGACACCGAAUAGAUGCAAGAUAGUUCAUCCUCCAUGCCUGAAGUUACUAGAAAGAGAAGCGAAGGUAAGGAACGAAAUGCACGAUGCUUUACUGCAUAGAAUUUGAGUUGAUAAGUGUUCGUAGUUUAUUACCGAUCAUUUGGAUGGAGGACUAGCGAUGCGGACAGAAGCUUUGGUGUGCUUCCGCCGUACUUGCUGCAUCUGCGCAAUAACGCGACGGGCUCCACGACUGCGCAUGCGUCCAGUGAUAGCGAGCAGCGAGUCCUUGUCGUCCUUGUCAUAUACCACACUUGACGCAGUCGAAGACCGACGUUGUAGGUCUCUCCGAGCGAGGUGGCCUCGCGCUAGACGUUGAAUAUGCUUCGCAGCACCAGUGCGUUGGCGUUGAGCUUCAAGCUCCAACUCGAUAUCUUUCUGCCGCUUGGCCUCUCGCAACUUUCUUAGCUGGCGCGUAGCAUGUCGACGCAGGAUGAAGUUGCGGCAUAUGCGCUGGAUCUUGACCGCAAACACCUCCUGUCUUUCGCGUCGUUUAGCCUCCAAUAUCUGCUUGGCAACACGUACACGUGCGCGUGCUCGACUCGCUUGCUGGAUGCACAAAGCCGCCGCUGUAUCCCGUUGAAGCUUCUGCUGCGCAAGCGUGCAUCGGGUCAGGUAUCCUCGCAUUCUAGCCUGGAGCUGCACCACCGCCAAUCGAAGGAUCUCCAUCUCGCGCCUCCGCUUCUCCCGCUCAAUGCGACGCAGUUUCUUCUUCUUCUCCAGUAUUUGCUGCAGCUCGGCGUAUUUGACGCGCAUCCGAGAGUUACCGGCAAUGAAUUCCUUUGUAAAGCCUGCAGGUCGAGCGUGUUUGGGACAGCUGAGCGCUGCGUCCUUGAAGUCCAUGUAGCGCCCAUAGUCAUAGCCUGAUGUGGUGCGAUAUAAAGGAUGCUCGGGACGUGGCAAGAUGACCAGCUUGGUCAGCGAGCGGAUCUCGCGCACAGCAGGCAGGCCGCCGCCGCACAGGCGAGGGAGGAUCACACGGUCAGCGGCGUUAUUGCUUCCAACGCCGGAACGCGAUGCAGCCGCUAGGCCGUAGCUGUUGAGCGCCAACAUUGUUUGCAGCGGACGCUUCACACAGCUGGACUCCGGGGUGCUUUAUUCAAGCAUGCAGAGGCAUUUGCUUGGAUUGAGUACGCUAAGGCAGGCCGCACAGGACUCGAGGCCGUUGCUGCUCAGCGGCGUUAGCAUCUUAUCGGCGCUUCAACCAAAAUGCGUAAAACCUGG